GUUGUUGAUAUGAUGAUGAGGGGGAAACCUAUCAGUCCUCAAGCUAGCGGGCCAAGUGUUAGGCUAGUUGUGCCUCUGACCGGGGCCAGUGAAGGGCGAGCACCACCACCGGGAAAUUGCUAUGAGUUAGAGGAGAUAUUAGAGUUCUGUGCUGCACUUCCAGAUGCGGUCCCUAGCAUUCCCACCAUGCCACUCACUCUCACAUAUGCUCUGCUGGGAGUGUCUUGCGCGUGCAUCCUCUUUGGAAACUCUAGUGUGAACGCAGAUAGUGAUAAAUUGCAAAUAGGACAAGGUCGUAAACCACCAGACCUCAUAGAAAAUCCUCCAGGAACGACAUCAACUGCCUUAAAACGCCCCAAGAAAUCAAGUAGGAAAAGUUACAACUAUCCAGUCAAGUACAAGGGAAAAGUUCGUUACUACGACUUGGGCGGAGUAAACGACACAAAACUCGACAUCCUCGAUAACAUACAAGACGUAAAAGGAAUUACAGCCAGCCAUGGGGACUGUAAGAUCCAGUCAUUGUAUUUGGGCACAAACUAUCUGCUGGACGAGGAACUGAUCACUUACUGUCCCCACCUGAGCCUUAGACUAAAAGGCGACAAGUGGCUAUGCCUGCAGGACGGCCUUAUGCUGCACCGGCGAGGGGUGGAGGUGAACAUGACAGAGGCGAACUGCAAUGAUGCUUGGUUGGAUAAACCACAUCCUCAUAAUUCAAAAAUAAGAGCUCAAAGAUACUCAAUGGCAGAAAGCAUUCGGAAUUUCAUAAAGUUUGAUAUCAACAGCUGCCCCGCAGAAAAGUGCAUCUGUAAAUGGUACUUCAAGGAUGAUUCUUACACCGUGAACGUAGACUGCGAUGAUGUUGGACUGACAGACGACAUGCUGCCCACUCUGCCAGAUAAAGUUAAGGAUAUAACGCUCAAAAAGAACAAACUUCGCUCGAUGGACACUCUGAUCAAGCACCUGCUGCCUCAUAACCUCACCCUUCAGAGACUGAACCUCGAUGACAACCUCAUAGAGGAGCUACCCCACUUUUCUAAUGAGACGUUUCCCAACAUCGUUCAUCUCGCCCUGGAAAGGAAUGAAAUAAAGAAGAUCGACAUCGAGGUUUUCAAGGAACUUAUUACGAGGAAGGAUUUGAUUAUAAGCUUGAUAGGCAACACGUUUCCAUGUGACUGCAAUCUGUACAACUUUAAGGUUUUCCUUCAAGAAAAUUACUUGAGACACUGGAGCUCCUUCCAAACCUACAUGGAUAUGGAAUGCGAAAACGAAGGCCAAGAUAAAAAAGUGAAAAAAGUGAAGAUGCACAGCUUGUCUGAAGAGCUCUGCAAAACUUGGCUGGACGGGUGGCAGCCGGAUAACUGGUGGUGGGUCAUUAACUUCACGCUCGGUGCCCUUAAUGUAGUGGUGAUUGUCCUGAUAGUCGACCUGAUUUGUAUCCUGAAGCGCGUGGGAUGUAAGAGGGAACGCGUACCUCUGAUGGGCCGCUUGAUGUAUCAGUUCGGGAUCGCACAUCAGAAACUGCCGACGAAUGAGGAUUCGGAAAAUGGGGGAAGAGAGGAAAAUUCUUUGAAUACGUGUUAGUAAGUCACUCAGUCAGUCAGUCAGUAAGUAAGUAAGUAAGUAAGUAAGUAAGUAAGUAAGUAAGUAAGUAAGUAAGUAUUAAUUAUUAUAACAAUAUGAAUAAUUUUAUUACAAAAGUGACUAAAUAAACUUGUCAAAGUAAUUACAAAUUCGGUAUGUCAGUUAUGGUCCAGAAAAGAUAUUAAGCUAAAUUGUUUCCCCCCCCAAAAAAAAGGCGUAAUACUAACACCCAUUGAAGAUUCUAAGAGCAAAGUAAAAAUAAAAAAAAGAUAAAUUCAUAUUAUAAUCUAAUUUUAAAAACUAUUAAACCCAUAUACUAUUAAAUCGAUUAUGAUAACACAUCUAAGAACUAACCACGAGAUAAAAUAUGUAAAUGAGCAAAUCUUACAUAAGUAAAAUUCAUAAGAACAACCAAAUCAAAACCAGGAGGAAAUCUAAAUCCAUAGAAGGGAUCACACUAAAACAAGUAUUUUUUUUUUUUUAUGUAACGUGAUCACUGGCCAUGAGAAACAAAAAAAAAAAAAAGGAGAAAAAAAAUCCCACUGAGGUGCCAGUCCCCAAAGAGAUGUCAAGAGGAUAAUCGAAAAUUGAAGUAUAAGUAUCUUGAAAACUCCCUCUUGAAAGAGUCCAAGUCACAGGAGAGAGGAAAUACAGAAAGAGGCAAGGAGUUCCAAAAAAUAUGGAUUAAAAUUGGUUGGUAAAAGUGGUUGCAAAAACUACUUUGACACAAAAUCGUAAGAUUAUAUAUAUAUAUAUAAAAAAAGGAAAAAAAAUGACAUGGUACAACAUAUACAUUAGGUUAUCAUCAGUCAUAGCAAGAGAACACAGCGUGUGCUAUUUCUGCAGUAGGGUAUUGUGCAUCAUUCUGAAUUAUUUGAAUCCAAGACGUAAAAUCAUACCAUGUUCUUACAUCCCUAGUUAUCGGACACGUUCCAUUUGCACGGCACCGCACGGACACAACCGCUCACCUCAAGACGUCCCCUUCCGUGCCGGAUCUAGCAGCCCAUCUCGAUUGCCAGGUUGUGCCCGAUGACCCGCAGACGCCUAAUUGCAAUUCAGGGUAGCUCUUUAAUAUUACCACGUCUUUUAUACAAGGAAUGAACUGUUAAGGAAGGGUUCAUUAAAAAGGUAACUUUGUCUUCUGGAUGAUGUAGAGUUAACAAUUGAUAAUUUAAGUGGCUGAAUGCCUAUAGCAACAUCGUCCACAACAUUAUUAAUGAAACUAUUAAUGUGUGCCUUUGUUGGCGUGAUGUGUGCCAUCGUUAGCCUGACGGCGUGCAGCCACGUCAGCAUGUUAAGCAUGUUGUGUCUUCCCCCCACAACUGCUGGAAAAACUUUCUGUUUUGACAAUAUAAUAGACCUUAGUGGCAGGUACCCAAGCUCAACAUAACACACGUCCAUGCAGGUCGUCAUUGGAACCCCGAGCGGUUGUAUAAUUUCUCUGUGGGUUUCAGGUGUCCAUUAAGACAAGACUCGCAGCCAUAUAAAACUAGAUAUUAAAGCUGUUUCAUUUUUUUUUUUUUUUUACAUGAAAUGUAAUGUUUCUUAAGUCUUACUUACGAAAAAUACAAAUUUUAAGAAUGUGACCUCUUUGCCUGAGCAUGGGCGGGGCGGCAAAGGCGGAGCGCAGCGUGCCGUUGUCGUGUGAAAUCCUUGAGCUGCGAAAAUACUGGCGAGUCGGCCUUCUUCGCUCAAGAAUCUUGCACUAUGUAUGUUCUGUUGGGUUCUAUAUGUGCUAAUAUAGUAUGCAAAAUUAUUCAGUAACGACUUGAAAGUACCUUCUGUUGAUAUGAAGUUUUAAUAAUCAAGGUAUAACCACUACAUAAAGCUGUGAAAUAGAGGCAAACCUUGGGGACUCAAGGAUUUUGCGCUCCGUGUGUUCUGUGGGGCUACGUAGGUCCUAAUAUAACUUUUUAGCCUAUAAGAUUAUUCAAUAACGACUUGAAGGCACCUUCUAUUGAUAUGAAUCAAAACCGGUUUUAAUAAUCAAGUUAUAGUCGCUAUAUAACGCUGAGGAAAAAAAAGAGAAAACCUUGGAGCUCAAGAAUCUCGCAGGCCGUAUGUUGUGGUGCUGACGCGAUGAUGCGCAUGCGCAGAAGGCCGACUCGUCAGUAUUUUCGCAGCUCUUGGAUUUUGCACGACACCGUCACUGGUGGACACGCUGUCCAGGUACACGUACUGUACUUGUCACACCAUUGCACCACCAGCUCCCCGAGACGAAACGGCUCACGAUCCUCUGCCGAUGCAUGGACUGCGAAAAAAAAAAAAACUUUGUCUUGAGAUUAUUUACUAACAUGCCAUUACUUACGCAGAUUUGGUUCAGGAUGCCACGGUGCAUCGAGAGCAGAACCGUAUCGUCCAUCAGGACUAAGAGGUGUAGCCACUGCAAAAAUCCUUCCGCCCUACAAUUCGAUUUUAUUAGCUUAAUCAUAGCAUUUACAAAAACUAUAAAUAAUAGACAAGAUGUUGGGAAACCUUGUCUGACGCCAAUCUUGUACUCGACUGCGGCAGUGCCAAUCCACAUGGCUGCGUUCAUCGCCGCCAGCGCCGCCAGCAUGCGCGACCGACAACCCAAGUCAUGCAACAUACCGAACCUAAUGCGAGGCACACUAUCAUAGGCCAUCGAAAAAUCGACAGAACAUACGAAUAACUUACGCAUUCUCCUUUUGGCUAAAUCAGUUAACAGUAAGAGUGACAAUGUGUUCCACACAGCCUCAUCCUUGCUGACUCCCAGCCUAUUCCCGAAAUGGUGGGAAUCACAAGCUUAAACGAGUCGAAGACACCAUAUCAUACAAUUUUACCAGACAGCUGAUAAUAUUUAUGUCACGGUAAUUCUUGGGCAGUGCUCUGUUUCCUUUUUUAAAAUAAUGUAACCAUACGAGUCAUCUGCCAGGAUGUAGGAUAAGAGCCAGACGAAAAGAUUGAGUUAAAAAAUAAUAGUAUAAAGUACGUUCAUUGAGCUGGUAAGAUCUUAAUGAUAUCUGGACUUAUUUCGUCUGUUUCGCAAGCCUUUUCUUGUUUUAAUGCAUAUAUUUGUUUAUGAAGUUCAUCAGUUGUGAUGUCAUCAUCAAGAAAUGGUAUUACAUUGGUAAUAAAUUCAUUAGGAUAUAAUAUAUACGCUCUACACCAUGUGGGUUAUACAUAUCUUCAUAAAAUUCCCUAAAAGCCUCAUCAGUUGAUUUUUUUUUUUAUCUUUUUAUUAUUGUCAUUUACAUCAAUAUAAUCGUUAUAUCUACCCUGCCAGUCUACUGCCUGCCAAUGUACCAUCUACUGCUGGUGUGUAGGAAGUGGCAUGUUUCUUUGAGUGUGUUGCACCGAGGUUCUCUUGUCUCACGGCAGCAGUAGGAGUUGGAGCUUAUUCCUCCCUGUAUCGUUUUCUGUAGUAUGUAGACAGGAUCUACUUUUGUUUAGUAAUUAUAUUACUAAUUAUAUUACUACUAUAUUAGUAUUUAUACUAUGGUGACUGUGUGUGUGUGUGUGUGUGUGUGUGUGUGUGUGUGUGUGUGUGUGUGUCUAUGAUGAGCGACCACAGACAAGCAUAUGAUUACCACACACUAGGAAAUCUCUUUGAAAAUUUUAAUAAUGAUAUAAUUUGUAGAGUAAUAUAUGACAUACUGCGUGUAUAUAAGUCAAAUGUGUUUUAAGUGCUUUUAUAUGUCUCAUUUGUUUAUCGUUUUUAUGUUUCAUGUGUUUAGUGUUUUUGUGCUUCAUGUGUUUAGUGUUUUUGUGUUUCAAGUGUUUAGUGUUUUUGUGUGAGAGUUUGUUGGACUAUAUUCUCAUGUUUUUUUUUUUUUUUUUUUUUUUGUAAUUGUAGCCCAUUUUGUUGUGGUCAAUAAAAUAUCUAAUCUAAUCUAGUGUGUGUGUGUGUGUGUGUGUGUGUGUGUGUGUGUGUGUGUGUGUGUGUGUGUGCGCGCGCGUGUGUGUGUGUGUGUGUGUGUGUUCGGUCUUAGCAGCAUUUACGAGUAUCUCUUUACUGAAGGCCAUGUAUUGUAAUGAAUGUUGUAAUUGUAAGAAAAAAAAGUGUAUGAUGAAGAAUAUAUGAGAAAUAUAAGUAUUCAUAUUCAUAGUAUAUAAAUAUUUUGUGUUUUUGUUGGAUUUAUCAGAUCAAUCCGUGAAAAUUAUGAAUCAUACGCACUUCACUACUCUCUUGUUCGUCCAUACAUUUAAAACAGGUAUUUGAAGAAAAAACAGCGCAUGAACUUUACCGAUUCAGUUAAGCUGUUCGAAUCACUAGGGUGGCUUCGAGUGGGUUUGUCCGAAGCAGAAGUGAAGUUGCGGUCGAGAGACACGACCAGUUUGAGUUUACAGUGAGUUAACUAAGGAGUGUUUGAGGAAGUGUGUCGGUUGGUGUACCACAGGGGUCAAAACUGGAAGAUGCGGACCAGCGUUAAGUGUGGCUCGCGGAUGAAAGAGCAAGCGUUCCCCGUGUUGCUUGUGUUGCCUGAAAGCGAGUCCGCGUCACUGGCUCCUCCGAGACAAAAGAGCCGGAGUCUUGUCUUGUCGCAUCGAAAAAAAAAAAAAGUUAACUACUGAAUACACCUACUCGUGCUUUCAAGUUCGGGGAUCAUGUUACUCAGGUGCUGCAUGGUGGUGGCGGUGGUUGUAAUAGUAGCUGUCCAUUUGACGUCCGCUGAAGUCCAGGAUAGAAAGCGAGAACCGGACGAUCUCGACUACUUAGAUGAAAUAAAGGACUACUCGGCCCACCAGGAUGAGGUGAACGCCCGGUACUCCGCCAGGGUCAACAAAAUGGACAUGUUGGAAGAUUACCCACAAGACGAGGACGACGACUAUCACAACCUUCAUAACAUUCCUGACUACGAGGACGAUUACGAGGACGAUGAUGAUGAUGAAGAUGAUGACGAUGAUGAUGACGAUGAUGACGAUGAUGAUGACGGUGGUGGAUGUGGUGGUGGUGGUGAUGAUGAUGAUGAUGAUGAUGAUGAUGAUGAGGACGACGAGGAACGUACUCCAGUGCAAGAGGUUAUAGAUGAAUAUUUCACUAGAUAAGAGAGAGAGAGAGAGAGAGAGAGAGAGAGAGAGAGAGAGAGAGAGAGAGAGAGAGAGAGAGAGAGAGAGAGAGAGAGAGAGAAACCAAUGCGGCACAAUGAGCUUAUUCGCUUUAAAACUUUCUUAAGGUCCUCUGAUUUUCCCUAUUAUUUUUUUUUUCACUUUCCUCCACCUUUUUCUUUACUUCACAUUCUGUUAUUGUUAUUUUUCACCACCCCUGCACUUGCUCCUGUUCGUGUGUAUGUUCGUUCAUCACUAGUUAAUGAGCCACCACGCCUUACAUUUCUUCCACGCAGCUUUCAUUGAGAGAGAGAGAGAGAGAGAGAGAGAGAGAGAGAGAGAGAGAGAGAGAGAGAGAGAGAGAGAGAGAGAGAGAGAGAGAGAUUAGGUAUACUGUUAGUGCGAUGUGGGAAAGGGUGACAAGUCAGAAAGAGCGUGUGCUUGUUCAUCAAAGUACUAUAGGAAACACACAAUAACAAAACAAUGAAGAGUUUCCUUUUCUUGCGUUGUGUAAUAAUUUGUAAUACUUCGGUUGUGUUAGGCAUCAGUAGCAUCAAGACCAGUAUUCUUAAACGUUCUAGCGCUUAAUCUCGAUAACAUUUAACAGGCUAUAGUGGAGAUUACUGGGGUUUUCAGAUGUGUUUUUAUGACUGGAGUGAUGAUUUAACAUGGAUUCUAUAUCAUCAAUAGGAAAAUUCGAGUAAUCACUGUGGUUCGUGAGGAUGGUCCGUAUAUGAGAACAAAACGUUUAAGAAUACAGGCUCUGACUCUCUAUUAGGGUUCUUCAUAUAGCAUUAAGUUUGUGAAUAAGGAAUACGGAGACAAAGAGCACUGGUAUGAUUCCUAGUAUAUUUUAGUUGAUGUUGGUUGGUUAAUAACACCUUGGAAGGCCUGAAAACAAUAUAUAUAUAUAUAUAUAUAUAUAUAUAUAUAUAUAUAUAUAUAUAUAUAUAUAUAUAUAUAUAUAUAUAUAUAUAUAUAUAUAUAUAUAUAUAUAUAUAUAUACGAGUAUAUAUAUAAUAUAAUUUUUUUAAAUUGAAGGGCUAUAUGAAUCUGCUGUCGUAGCGUCUUAAAGCAGUUCAUUAGUCCAUUUAUGCAAUGUUCCUGCAGUAAUAGCGCUUCUAUCCGUCAUUGUAGAAACUAUCUGUCCUCUCCAGGUGUUCCGACAGCCAUCCUAGGACCGGUUUGAGGUCUAUUGUAACUUAGAAAUCCCUGCAAGUUUGUACUUAGUUGUGUUGUUAAUCAGUGUAUAUGACGCUUAUCUUUUUAUUGAGCUAAUCCUUAAAAGUGAUUAUAAAUUUUUCUCGCUUA